UGCACACCCCCCGCCGCAGUACACGGGGGUGGCACCGGGCACACCCCCCCCAACACCUUCCGCGGUUGUGGGGUGCUGGGGGCGCACGGGGGGCACAGCCUGCGCAGAGGGGACCCCCCCCAGCACAGACCGCGGGGGAUGCGCCCCCCCCGCCUCCGUUGGACCCCCAGGGUGGGGGGGGUCCGUCCCCACGAACGCCGGUGGGUGGUGGGUGCCCCAUGCUGUGGGGGGCACGGCUGGGUGCUGCAGGCCCCCCCCAGGCUGCGGGGGGGGGAAGGGGGCACGGGUGGAGGGUAUGCGUGUGCAGGCGUGUGUGUGCCCGUGGAGCUGCGUGUGCAAGGCCCAGUGGGGUGUGUGCAUGCGUGCGCACACCCAUGUGUGCACGCGUGUGCACGCGGCCCAGCUCCGUGUGCACGCGUGUGCCGCCCUCGGUCCGCAUGUUGCACACCCCACCUCGGGGCACGUGAGCAUGCAAGGAGCACGCGUGGGCCUGCAGCUGCCCAGGGCAAACGCGUGUGCACACGUGUGGCUUGUGCGCGCGUGUGCAUGCCUGCUCAUGUGCGUGCAAGGUGUGCGUGCUCUGGUGCUGCGUGUGAAUGGACAUGUGUGUGCACGUGUGUCCAUCUGCAAGCACCUGUGUGCAGGCAUGUGCAUGCAUGUACACAUGCGUGUGCAUGGAUGAGCGCACACGCGUGGGCUCAGCACCCAUGGGUGUUCCCAUGCCUCAGUUUACCCCCUCUUGGGACCCAGGGGCAUCCAGGCACCCCUGCAGCCCCCACCCACGCACCAGCUGGUGCCACUAUCCCCUCCCAGUCCCCCCAGUUUGGGGGGGGGUGAGCGGCGCCAUUAACCCCUUCGCCCCCUGCAGCCUCUGAGAGGUGAUGGCGCAGGACAACGCCGCCUUCUGCGGGGUCCCCGAGGGGGUCGCUGGGGAGGUGAAGCCCCCCCCGGUCCCCCCCCGGCGGCGGGGGGCCGGCUCCCGCAAGCGCCAGCGUUACGUGGAGAAGGACGGCAAGUGCAACGUGCAGCACGGGAACGUGCGGGAGACCUACCGCUACCUCACCGACAUCUUCACCACCCUGGUGGACCUCAAGUGGCGCUUCAGCCUCCUCGUCUUCAUCCUCGCCUACGCCGUCACCUGGCUCUUUUUCGGCCUCAUCUGGUGGUUCAUCGCCUACUGCCGGGGGGACCUGGACCACCUAGAGGACCAUGCCUGGACGCCCUGCGUCAACAACCUCAAUGGCUUCGUCUCCGCCUUCCUCUUCUCCAUUGAGACAGAGACCACCAUCGGCUACGGCCACCGCGUCAUCACCGACAAGUGUCCCGAGGGCAUCGUGCUGCUGCUGCUCCAGGCCAUCCUGGGCUCCAUGGUCAACGCCUUCAUGGUGGGCUGCAUGUUCGUGAAGAUCUCCCAGCCCAACAAAAGAGCCGAGACCUUGGUCUUCUCCUCCCACGCCGUGGUGUCCCUGCGGGACGACCGCCUCUGCCUGAUGUUUCGCGUGGGCGACCUGCGGGACUCGCACAUUGUGGAGGCCUCCAUCCGCGCCAAGCUCAUCAAGUCCAAGCAGACCCAGGAGGGCGAGUUCAUCCCCCUGGACCAGACCGACCUGAGCGUGGGCUUCGAGACGGGUGACGACCGCCUCUUCCUCGUCUCGCCCCUCAUCAUCAGCCACGAGAUCGAUGAGCGCAGCCCCUUCUGGGACGUCUCGCGGCACCAGCUGGAGAAGGACGAUUUCGAGAUCGUUGUCAUCCUUGAGGGGAUGGUGGAGGCCACAGGGAUGACGUGCCAGGCUCGGAGCUCGUACCUGGCGGACGAGGUGCUGUGGGGCCACCGCUUCACCCCGCUGCUGAGCCUGGAGGAAGGCUUCUACGAGGUGGACUACGGGGGCUUCCACCAGACCGUGCCAGUGCCCACCCCGGCCUGCAGCGCCCGGCAGCUGGCGGCGGCGGCCGCCCGCCGCGAUGCCCACCUCUACUGGUCCAUCCCCAGCCGCCUGGACCAGCCGCUGGAGGAGGCGGCAAUGGCGGCCGGAGGGGGGGACCCCGACACCCCCCGGGAGAGCAACGGCACCCUGGCCAGCCCCGAGGCGCGGUAAUGGGCCGUGGGCGGGCGCGGGGGUGCUGGGCGCCCCGCCGCUCCCCGCCGUGCUUUCUUUUAAUAAACCCC